CAAAAAUAAAGUCAGUUCAAGAAAAAAAUGGAAAAUAAUAGAGAAGAAGAAAUAGAGAAGAAGAAAGGAAACGUUUCAUCAAUAAAAGGCUCACAAACCAACCGAAACGAAAUGCAGCGUCCUCUCUAUUCUUAGGGAAGUACUCCAACAGAUCGGCAGCAUAAAAACACCAGAAACAAAAUCUAGAAAACAAGAGGGAGAGUUGGCAAAAACGAUGGGGUGGGGAUGGACGAUCUACGAAGGAAUGGUGGUAAUGGGAUCGCUAGUUCUUCUAGGAUGGGCAGGUCUUUGGUUCUUGAACCGAAGACUUUACAAGGAGUACGAGGAAAAGAGAGCUUUGGUUCAAAUCAUUUUCAGUAUUGUUUUCGCUUUCUCUUGUAACCUUCUCCAGCUUGUUCUUUUUGAGAUCAUCCCUGUUCUCUCCAGAGAGGCAAGAUUGAUAAACUGGAAGGUGGAUCUAUUCUGUUUGAUUUUGCUACUAGUUUUCAUGUUGCCUUAUUACCAUUGCUACUUGAUGCUUUGCAACAGUGGUGUGAGGAAGGAGCGAGCUGGACUGGGAGCUAUCCUAUUCUUGUUGGCGUUUCUCUAUGCUUUUUGGCGCAUGGGCAUUCACUUUCCCAUGCCCUCUCCUGAAAAAGGUUUCUUCACGAUGCCUCAAUUGGUCAGUCGAAUUGGUGUUGUUGGAGUAACCGUCAUGGCUGUCCUAUCUGGUUUUGGUGCUGUAAAUUUGCCGUACAGCUAUUUGUCACUUUUCAUUAGAGAGAUUGAGGAAUCAGAGAUUAAAGCAUUGGAGAGACAACUAAUGCAAUCAAUUGAGACUUGUGUUGCGAAGAAAAAGAAAAUUAUUCUUUGUCAAGUGGAGAUGGAACGAAUUCAAGGAUCUGACGAGAACUUAAAGGCCAAAUCCUUCUUCAAAAGGAUUGUAGGCACGGUUGUACGUUCAGUGCAAGAUGAUCAAAAGGAACAAGAUAUUAAAAUCUUGGAUGCCGAGGUUCAAGCUUUGGAAGAGCUUUCAAAGCAACUAUUCCUGGAAAUCUAUGAACUUCGCCAAGCUAAGGAGGCUGCUACUUAUUCGCGAACAUGGAGGGGCCAUAUGCAGAAUUUGCUUGGUUAUGCAGGUUCAGUUUAUUGUGUGUACAAAAUGAUCAAGUCUUUACAAAGUGUUGUUUUCAAGGAGGCUGGAUCAGUUGACCCUGUUACAAUGUCAAUUACCAUAUUGUUGCAGUUCUUUGAUAUUGGAAUAGAUGCUGCAUUGCUAUCACAGUAUAUUUCCCUGUUGUUUAUAGGAAUCUUGAUUGUCAUAUCAGUGCGGGGUUUCUUAACAAAUCUAAUGAAGUUCUUCUUUGCAGUUUCCAGAGUUGGUAGUGGAUCUUCAAGCAAUGUUGUCCUUUUCCUUUCAGAAAUUAUGGGAAUGUACUUCCUCUCUUCAAUUCUUUUAAUAAGAAAAAGUUUGAGGACUGAAUACAGGUUGAUUAUAACAGAUGUUUUGGGUGGAGAUAUUCAGUUUGACUUCUAUCACCGAUGGUUUGAUGCAAUUUUCGUAGCCAGUGCUUUCCUUUCUCUGCUUUUGCUUUCUGCACAUUAUACAUCUCGCCAGGCUGACAAACACCCUAUUGAUUGAUGUAUUCUCAUAUUUGCUGCAACAAAGCGUUAUUAUACAAUUUCAAUUCAGUUUCGAGCCUAAAAGCAGGUUGCAAAUUACUUGUGUAAAAAAACUUUUUAAACCCCUUAAGACUGGAUUUAUCUACAUCACCAAUCAAUGGAUUCACACUCCAAAGAGGGUCUGUAGUGAUCUAUAUUCAGGAUGAAGAACACGCGGGUAAAAUUUUUUUUACAAUAUUCUUGUGCAUAGUUCAUGAUGUAAGGAAGAUAGUUAUUUGUGUACUUCAAUUGAUAAUAUAUUUGUUAAUUGAUCAAUUAAAUUCCAAUUCUCUCGAAAUGUAUACGAACUUAAAUGUCAUUAUUUUCAUUACAACCUCUGCUUCACAUUGUAUUUGAAUGAUGCAAGUAGCAAUGAGCAGGUGCUAUAGGGCUGUCAACGGCCUUGAUGUUGGCAGCUGUAGGUGCAUGGUGAUCGGCCAUUUGGUCUGCCAUCCAUAGUUGGCAAUGCUAAUUUCUUGCAUGUGAAAGGUUGAAAUAUGGCAAAAAUUCCCCCAUUGAAAUGGAGGUUUGGAACUUAUAGCAUUUUCCCAGGGGAGAGAUGGUACUGUCCCAUCUGACCAAGUACAGAGAUUUUUGUGAGUUUUGCAUGCUCUGCAUGUUUUAGGUGUAACAGCUAAAAUUAGUUCUGGAAGGUAAAAUGGCAUUCAAGAUUUUUAAUUUUAGAGUCUGAUUUUUCGGCCUAUCCAAAGCAAAUUGCCCUGUGUAAGGAGUCCGAACUCUUUUUCCCCCGUUCGUUUUGAUAACUUUCCUAUGCUUUUUUAGCGACUGUUCAAAGGGAUAGCAAUUAUUUCAAUAAAUAUGAUCACUGUUUUAGCAAAUCUGACGGGCAAUUUGCAAUGCAAAUUCAACGGUGUAUAAUUGCAAUGCUAGAUGUGAGCGUGACACAUCCUAAAGUGGCCCUUUGUUUUUCCACUUGUCCAUUGUGUGUUUUGUUUUACUCGCUUUUAACUUCUGGUUGACUUUCAUUCAUUGCAUUAUUGCAAGUUUUGGU